AUGAGCACCCUUUGGAUGGGAGAUAGUGCAAAUGAUCAAGUGUAUUGGAUGGAUAGUCCUAACGUUAAGGGAUUCAUGGUGUAUGAUGCAACAAUGACAUUAUCUUCUGGCUUGACUUUCUGUCGGUCAUUGCAGUUGGAGACGUACAUGGAUGAAACAUUCAUUAGGAAUGCCUUUGCAUCCGUUGGUAGAACUGUUUUAUCGGUUAAAUUGAUCAGAAAUCGCGUUGUGGGUGGUCCGGCGGGCUAUUGCUUUGUUGAUUUCCCCGAUCCACAAUCAGCUGAGGAUUGCUUGAAGCAAGUUAAUGGAUUACCAUUACCCGGCAGUAACCCGCAAAAGAGGUUCAAGUUAAACUGGGCUACUCAUGGUGCUAGAGAUGCUGGUAACCCGGAAUUUUCAAUAUUUGUCGGUGAUUUAACCCCGGAUGUUACCGAUCUUGUAUUACGAAAUUUUUUCUGUGAGAGAUUUCCAUCUUGUAAGGGUGCAAAAGUGGUAAUCGAUCAAGGUGGCAAUUCAAGAGGCUAUGGCUUUGUACGCUUUGGUGAUGAAAACGAGCAUACAAGAGCCUUAAAUGAGAUGCAGGGUGCUUCUGGAUGCGGUGGAAGACCAAUUCGUGUCAGCCUGGCGACGCCAAAAAAAACAAUGAAUCAAAUGCAACAGCAUCAACCCCAUCAACAACAAUAUUACGACCAAUUUGCACAAUAUCAAAUGCAACAAGCUUAUAUGGCUGCAUGGCAAUAUCAAAUGCAGCAAGCUCAAUAUUUGCAGUACCCAUAUCAAACAAAUACGGAUAAUUCCCAACUACAGGCGCAGGCACAGAAUUCAACAAACGAUACUACCGAACCACUAGAUAACACAUUAGAAGAUGAUGACGUUGAUAAGUUAAAUACUAAUUUCGUUAAUCAGCAACAGGUCAAAGUAGUUGUUGUGCCGCUACGUUUCAUGCAGUUAAUCGGAGUUUUUUUACCUAAAUCAUAUCACUUUGAAUCCACCAGCUUGCAGUCACACGAAAAGGGGUUAUGGCUCUAUCGUUAG